AUGACUCCUUUGGUCCAGUCCUUGGGUAUCUGUUGUCCUUCCCAAAUUGCUACAAACAGUGGUUGGAGAAUGAUGGCUGCAAGUUCUGGGUCUGCUUUAAACAACUCCUCAUCCAGGUUUGGUAGGUUUACAGUAGCUGCGCUUCAGUCCAAAGUAGAACAGUGUGAACGUGAAACGAACCGUCUGAAAAAAGCACUGGAAAGAAGUGACACAUACAUAGAAGAACUGGAAUGUCAGAUUACGCAGAUGAAAGGAUCGAGUGGAGAAACCCAAAAUGUGAGUACUGUUAGUGAGAGAGCACUUUUCACAGAUAAUAAAGGAAGCGAAAGCAGUGAAGAAGAUGUUUCAUCAUUAGAAACCCAAGAAGAAAGACUAGAGAAAAAGACUCCAACUACCAGCCAAAGUCCCAACAGUCUUGAGCAACUGACAAGUAAUGGACUCUUAAAUGGUGAUGGCGCUUGCUCAAAUUCUGCUAGUCAAGACAGUUCAAAUGAGCCAGACACACACUGUUGUCCGACAAACAAAGAACUAUUUUCAGGGUGUCAGGAAGUUCUCCUGGAUAUAGCUGCUACAAAUAUGGAUGCCUGCUUAGAACAACAGUGGGAUAAAGCUGAGGAUUGUGCACCAUAUAAAGAUGAAGAACUUUAUGAGCUUCCAGCACCGUGUACACCUUCUUUGUCACUGAGUUGUCUCCAAUUGAACACCCCUGAUAUCAAAGACAGUCCUCUCACAAAACAAGAGAAUACAGGGAAGCCUUCUGCCUUUCUAAGGAAACUGGAAUUUGAUGAUUUUUGUGACACUUCAGAUGAUUGCAACAAAGAUUCUCCAGAACAUAAUACAAGCUCCUGCAACAGCCAGAAGAAGUUGACUUGUUUUACUUCGGCAAAGCCAGUGUUUUGGAAUAGCUGCUCAACAAACUAUGCUGAUAACUUAGAUUUUGAAGGUUCAGAGCAAAAUGCAAUCACUAGUCAUUCAGGCGAGCCAUCGGCAAAGUCCAGCGAUAAGCAUGAACUUCUUUUAUCUAAAAGAUUACAUACUAUCCGCUCUUCAGAAAUGAACCGCACGAGAACAUCUAGUGAAGCAUCCAUGGAUGCUGCUUACCUUGAUAAAAUUUCUGAGUUGGACUCCAUGAUGUCCGAAUCUGACAAUAGCAAGAGUCCCUACUACAACUUUAAGACCUCUGACCUUGAUAAUGCUUCUAAGGCAACACAGUGUUCUGAACUCCUGAAUGAAUCAGAUAAGAAGCUGGAAGAAAGGAACAAACAAAACUGUGUAAAAUGCCCUGAGUCAAGUGACCAAUUGGUAGAUUGGAAACCUGCUACAUUUUCAAUCCUCUCUCCAUCUGAAGUAGACAUGAAUGAACACUUCCCAUUGUUUUCAGGCCGAAAUUCAGAAACUAGUGAAAUCAAACCUCAGAACUGUUUAUUUCAAAGAGAGUUUUCCCAAAAUUUUCUUUUCAGUAAUUCACAAAGGCUAUUUGAAGAACAUAAGUUUGGUUCCUCCUUUUUUAAGAUGUCGUCAUCUGAGAUGCAUAAUCUUCACAACCAACUUCAGUCUCCUUGGGCUUCUUCCUUUAUUCCUGACAAGAAACAGAAGGGUGUCAAUCAGUCGACCAAAAGAAAAAUUCAAAGCAGCCUUUCUAAUGCUAGUCCUUCAAAAACUACUAAAAACUAACUCCUGUUGAAAUUAGUAGUCUUAGUGUGCCAACA